AUGAAUUACACUACAGAAGAACUCUUGCGUAUGGUAGAUGACAAAAUUGAGUAUGGGAAUAAGUUAGUGAAGUUACUAGAGGAUAAGCACGAAAUUGACGGGGUGAAGAAACUUCAAAGAAAAAUUCGUCAAGAAAUAGACUUUCUCCAAAGAUUGCAAAAAUCUAAAAAAGUUAAAAAAGAACAGUUGUCGUGUUCAAAUCUACGACAUUUGGAAGCGAUGGUAGAUUGUGCUUUAAGACCUGGGGUUGUAUCUGUGUGUAAAAUCUUUCAUGUAAGCAAUGAUAGCAAGUUGCUAGUUGAUAUAAUAAGUGAUGAUGGAAAGACUUGGACUAAAGUAAUAGCAAGAAAUCCAAGAUCUCUCUCUGCAUUAAGUUCAGGAAAUUCGUCAUAUGGGGCUCGGUCAAUAGUUGACCAAGCUGUUGACUAUAUAGAAUGUGCAAAAUUAUAUCCAUGUAUGUAUCAGUCUCCAAAGGUUGUCUUCGAAUUUGUAAGUGGAAUAGAGGAAUCAUUGGCAAACAAACUGAAAUCAAAAGGUGUUGUUGUUAAAGGGGAAAUAUUGUCCGAUUCUAAAGAAGAAGAGGAAUAUGAAGAUCCAUUUGAAUCCAGUGAUGAUGAAGUAGAUAAUAGUUCUCAGAUAUUACAAGAUGUUUCUCAAUGUAUGCAAGAUCAUAGAGAUCUUAAUAUUUUAAAUCUGGAUGUAACAGCUAUGAUGGCUUAUGUGAGUAAUAUGACGAAUGGCUCCUGCAAUUAUAUUUUCCAACAGCCUGUUCUUACUCAACAAGCUGAAUGGGAAGCUGAACGGCCAGUGAAACCGAUAUUAGAGAAAUUAUUUGAAAAUAAAACGCUUGUAUGCUGUAGAACAGCAUGGGAUGAUUUUGAAAAGAUAGUCAAUACUUUGGGAGGUCCGAAUGAAAAGAGACGAACUUUAGAAUUGAAGGAAAUGGUCCGAGUAUAUGAAGAUGACUAUGGAGGUGAAGAUGAUUAUCCUAGACAAAACUUAAAAGUAAGGGGCCAUGUCAGAUUAAGAUCUAAAAUAAUAUUUAAUUUUGGACACAGAAUUAAAGCUCUUACAGUUUCUGCAAAUGAAGGAUUUGUUAGGGCGGCUGCACAACAGGGUGUAACAUAUGCAACAUUCAUUCUGGAGUCCCGAGCCUUAACUGAAGGAAAAGAACCAACUGCUAAACAAAUUAAGUUAUGA